AUGGCAAUCCCCAAGUUCUACUCCAUACUAAGACACCAAUGGCCAGAUGUCAUUGAAAAUGCUCCAGCUGAUCCAAAAUGUCACACACUCUACGUUGACAUGAACACCGUGUUGUUCAUCUGUCUAGCUGAUUCUUCAUCAUUACAAGAAUUUCAUGUCAAAACUGAAAAUUACAUUCAAUUGUUGGUUAACACGAUUAAACCUGAACAGUUAUUGUAUCUCGCCUUUGACGGUGUUCCACCAUUGGCUAAAUUGAAAGGACAAGCCCAAAGAAGACGUUCAAGGAUAAAUACGCAACAAGUGAUUGAUUCAAACGUACUGACACCAGGCUCUGAAGUGAUGCAAAAUGUGUCAAACCACUUAACCAAGUUUAUCAAAGAAACAAUUAUCCCUAACCAAAAAGGUAUAAAAGUUAUACUGUCAGAUUCCCUAGUUCCAGGGGAAGGUGAACACAAGAUUAUCAAACAUUUGAGAAAACAUUCAGAAAACCAAUCUUUCAAAACAUUUAUUUAUGGGACGGAUGCUGACUUGAUCGUGCUUUGUCUUUCAUUACAAAACACUGAUGUCACUUUGAUCAGGGAGUCGAAUAUCUCGAAAAUUGAGAAGAAGUUUGAGGUGCUUUAUAUGGAUGUCUUGAGAUCCCAUCUUCUUCAAAAUUAUUCAUUGGAAAUUCAAAAAAAAGUAGGCACUGACCUUAUCUUUUUGGAUCUGUUAUUGGUUCUAUCAAUUAUUGGGAAUGAUUUUUUACCUAUUCCAAUGGGGCUAUCCGUUGAAUCAUCAACGAUAAACAAACUUUUGGAGCUACUCAGAGAAUUUCAUAUGGAGGUGGGCUUGAAUAUUGUGGACAUGGAUGGGACCAUUAAUCAUGAUCACAUUGCAAAGCUUUUCCAUAAAUUUGAAAAAUUUGACAUGGAAAGAUUCAGGUUGGAGAAUCCAAUCAAAAGAAGUGUACUGGAUGCUAAGAUCUUGGAGUUACAGCUUGCAAGCUUAUCAUUGAAGGAUCGUAAGAGUACGAUAAAGGAUUCUGUUCAAAAAGCCGAAGCAGAGUAUUUUGAAGAAAGCAAACUCAAGACUUACUCGAGGCAAAAAUUAACAAAAGUGGGAACCCGAACGUUAUGCAAGGACUACAUUAGAGGAAUUCAAUGGCUUUUGCUCUACUAUCUUGAUGAUUGUCCCAGUUGGAAUUGGAUAAAUGCCAAUACUGUUUCACCGUAUUUAUCAGAUUUAAAAAGAGGAUUGAAAAACUCAGAUAUAGAAUUUGAAAAGGGGUCACCUAUUCUUCCUCUUCAUCAUUUAGCUCUUGUUCUUCCCCCAAAAUCUAAGUCGCUUUUGCCAGAUUCAUACAGAAAUAGUGAUGAAUACGAUCAAUUUUCAUCAUUAUUGAGGCUAUCUAAUUCAGCCUCAUGCUCUGAUAUUUUCAAAUUUGUCAAAUAUUUUGAGGAUGAGAUUGAUCCAAGUCUAAAAGACAACGAAAUCUUUAGAAAUACAUUCUCAAAACCUCAAAUAUUUAUAUAA